AGUGCCAGGCAACGUGCACCCACCCUCUUUAUACACCUACAACAGGUCCUCCCUUAGCAGCAGACUAGUGCCCAACGCAUCCAACGUUAUCGCCACCUGCACCAUGUACCUUCCACGCCUCACAUUACUCUGCGGGUUGAUCCUCCUGGUUCACUUUUGCAGCCACUCUCAGGCCGAGGACAGGCGCCUAAAAACCAGAAGUAGAGGGAGGUGUGACGGCGUGUGUAAAAGCUACACUUGUGGGACUGUCAACCGAAGCGGACGUGUGGUGGGUGGUACGCCGACCUCCGCGGGCAAGUACCCGUGGCUAGUGUCCCUCUUCUACCGUGGCAAGCUUUACUGCGGCGCCACUCUCAUCAACAAUCGCUACCUCAUCACCGCCGCUCACUGCGUCAAGCGGGUGAAUCUCAACAAUGUAAAGAUCGUGCUGGGCAGCUACAACAAGACCGAUGUGCAUGAACCAUCGAGACAGGUCCGUAAGGUAGGCACUUGGUGGGCUCACCAACUCUUUGACCGUCGCUCCUACAACAACGAUAUCGGCAUCAUCAUGCUGAAUGAAGAGGUCGAAAUCACCAAACACGUCAGGCCCGUGUGUCUACCCGUCUCAGGUGAUGGGAACUACACGGGUCUGACAGGCAUCGUCCCAGGAUGGGGGAGAUUGUCAGAGAACGGUUACCCCAGCGAAGUGGUGCAUGAGGUGAAGGUGCCAAUCAUCAGCAACGAAGAGUGUAAAAAGAAGAAAUACAGACCAAGUGAGAUCACCGACAACAUGAUGUGCGCUGGCUACGACGAGGGCAAAAUCGACGCCUGUCAGGGUGAUAGCGGCGGUCCUCUUCUCCUUGAUACCGGCAAGAAUAUUGAAAUCAUCGGUGUGGUGUCGUGGGGCCAGGGGUGUGCUCGUGCUAAGUACCCGGGUGUCUACACCCGCCUUGAAAAAUACAUGGAUUUCGUCAACUCAAAAAUUUAUGAUCAAGGCUGCUUCUGUCCUCCCCCUAAUUAAAACCUGGUCAUCAUGAAGCUUCUCUAACUUAAUUUAUUUAUCGGUUUUCAUCACGUGAAAACAGCCCUACUUUGUAGCUAAUGUUUAUAUUAUUCAGUAGCUACAUCGUUAUAUUUAUUAUCAGCACUAACAAGAUGCUUAAUGACGCAAGCAUGACAUCACAGGUGAGUCUUUGAUACGUGUGUGGCCUCGGGUUACUGUGGCCAUGAAUUAGUAUAAUAUAUCAUCCGUAAUGUUCCCUGCACCUUUGUUAUCACCUGUCCUCUACCAUCAUGUAAUGUUUGAUCCAGUUGUGAAUUUUUAUUAUCUCCAAUAAUAACUCCUUCAUGUACUUAUAAAUAAUCAUCGCUUCAUUAUUGUAUAACAGUUUGACACAUCUUACAAAGUAAAUCACAUUUUACUACUUGUCUUAUGUUGUGCCGAGUCGUAGAUGCAGAAACUGGAUGUUACAGUACAUCAAUGAACACCACCACCGUCAUGUAGUACAGUCCCUAACAAGGGCAACAUUGUACGACGCAUGUGAUCAAUACAUUGCCAGUAUGUUGUAAGCAACAUUGUAUUACUAAAAACUUUGCCAGUCCAUACAUACGUGUAUUUAAAUACGCGCACACAUACACGCAAGUUCAUUGUCGCCAUUUUUUUUCUCUUUAUCCGGUUCAUCAAUUGUGACACAAAUAUUAUUCGAAUGGAUGCAUGGUAAGACUGAUCCCCGCUCACUGUCAAUUUCCUUUCUAUAAUCUGUGGUUAAGGAACAAGUUACGUUUCUAGUUAUUCCAUAUUCUAAUCUCCAACUGUUAGGGAGAUUGAAGUUAUUAUAAAAAAAAUACGUUAACUUUAUCACCCAGUUGCAUAUAUUUCGGUAAUAAUUCAUAUAUGACUACGAUAUCUAAAGAUAUAGAAAUGUUUAAGAAUGCGUAUACAAUUGUAGGGGCCUUUACUAAGGAGACUUAAGGAAGCACUACCAAAGAGAAGUAAAGGACUACUAGCGAGGAAAAUAUGAGUCUAUAUAUACCUGCAUGUCAUCCCAUUGAGUUAUUAUUUAUGUGACCAAAGUGAUGCCGUAGCACCACUGACGCCUAUUACACAUUCCAAAAGUGAGCUUUCUCUGGCAUCCAUUGUUCUUCCCUAGACCUUCAUCGUAUUUGAUUCUUUUGUUCUCUAUCUCCCAUGGACCAUUUAGUGCUGCGUUCACAUUUAAAAGACCAAGGAUCGAAAAUGAGUUUUGGGCAGUGUCCGGUAUAGGUCAGUGGACUACCCUACCGAGUCAGUGAACGUGGGAUGCUCAAACAAGGCCAGUCUACCACUGCAGGGAUAUCCAUUCUUGAGUAUAUUACCUGUCACUGGAAAUUAAUUAACCUAAUAUAUUUAAAUUGUCAUUACAUUAAUCGACUGAUCAUAAAAACAUAACGUAAUGUGAUUUCCAGUUUCGCAUGCGAGUGUUGCCUUGUUGCGAUGUAUGUGAUAAUGUGUCUUAUCUGUUAUUGCUAUUAUUGUAAUAAAAGUACAAAUCUGUAAUUCAUCUUGGGCAAACAAUAACAUGACGACCCUAGCUUAGAAACCCGCUAGUUUAAUUGUAAGUAAAUGUACCAGGUACUUCUAAUAUACUAUAUACCAUACGUAUUUGAGCCUCCAUCUUGUGCUGUCAGUUGACUUGUGUAAUAAACGCAUCACAUUAUAAACA